AUGUUUGUAACAAUCCUAAGAUCCACUACCUUAUUAUAACUGAAACCAAAGCUUGGCUAUAACAAGUAUUUGACAAGACUUAGAACAGUUUCCUUGGCUGGUGCUGUAACUUUGGCUGCUUCUGCCUAUUAUUGCUAUGAAUGCUUCUGGAAUACUUCCAUGGAAUUUAUUCACCAUCCAGAAGCAAUCGAGAAGCACGUUCUGAGCAUCUUUGCAGAUAUCAAGUACAGGCCUACUUUCUAUAUUCCUCACCGAUUGAUGCAACUAGCAUAUGCUACUCGUUGGGAAAAAAAACUUGACACGGAAUUUGAAAGAUAGCUGUUUAAAUUGUCAGAUGGAGGACAACUGGCACUAGAUUGGAAGAAUAAGCAUGUUGUUACAAAUAAACCACUUAUUUUAAUUACUCAUGGGCUAACAGGUGGAUCUGAAACUAAUUAUAUAAAACAUGCUGCUGAGACUCUGGCUGAGGCUGGCUAUCAAGUAGUGUGUUUUAAUCAAAGGGGAGUGUCUAAUUGUGAAUUAUUGACAAGUAGAUAUCAUUUUCAUGGAUGUACCAAUGAUCUCAGAGAAGUGAUCAAUUAUUUAUAAGAGAAUAAAUAGAAGGGUCAAUAAAUAUUCGGAUUAGGCUUUUCGAUUGGAGGCAGUCUACUAUUGAAAUAUGCAGGAGAAGAAGGUUACAAAUGUAUGGUCAACAGAAUAUUCUCAGUUGCCAAUCCCUACGAUCUUUUGGAUUGCUCACACAACAUCAUGAAAUUGAGGAACAAAAUAUAUGACUGGUCCAUCACUUGUAAUUUCAAAAUGCUCCUCAAAUAACAUCAGAGUUCAUUGGCAGAAAAUGAAAAAACCAAGGGAAUUCAAAUUUAAGAAGCUUUAAAGGCCAAAAAUACCUAUGAGUUUGAUGAACUUAUCACAAGAAGAUUAUUCGAUUUUGAUUCUCCUGAAUAGUUAUACUCAAACAUCGGAUGUGGCAACUACAUCAAAGACGUCAAGGUUCCUGUCUUCAUCAUGCACUCCAAGGAUGAUCCCAUAGUCCCGUAAUUCCUGGUUCCAUAUGAUCAAAUCAAGUAAAACCCUAAUAUCAUCGUUGCUUUGACGAAUAAAGGAGCUCAUGUUGAAUGGUUCACGGGAUUGAAACCACAAAGAUGGAUUAUGAAUCCAAUACUAAGGUAUUUCGAAGAGAUACAAUCACUAUGA